AUGGGGCUGGUAUUAGUAGGCUGGUAUCGAAGUAACAUCUCAACUAUUUCAAAUUCGGUUAUUACUCAAGCUGAUAUUACAAAACAACAAGCAAUGCAAAUACCACAUCCAAAUGCUGCUGGUAUUAUCAUUUCAAUAUCCACAACAGGAUUUCCCUCACUAGGUCCAAAAGGACAAAUAUCAGACGGAAUGACUAAUACGUUUUAUGUUUUUAGAACAACUGAAAAUACUGUCAUUAGUAACUUUGAAACUAUUAAUACAUCAUCACAAGGUACCAAACCUAAAAAUGGUAAAAUAUGGAAAGGAAAAGGCAAGGAAUUGCCCAAGACAAUUCUUCGUGAAUCCAAGCAGGUAUAUAAUGGACAAGUAUUGGAUUGCGAGAAUAGAAUUGGCCAAAAGGUAUUUGUUGACUCACAGUAUGAAUCGUUUCUUAUGAAUUUUUUGAGGAAAUCAGUAGUACAGAUUGAUAGGUCGGUGGAUCAAGAUUUUAGAUCAUUGUCAUUUGCAAAAUAUCAUGCUAAAAUGUUAAUAAAAAAGGAAAUGAAAAAAAAUAACCCAUCAGAAUUUGAUAUAAUUAAAUGGCUUAACAUGAAAUCGUCGCUAGUGAGUCAAGAUAUAAUAAAUCAGGAUACCACAAUAAAUUGUUCUACUACAUUAAAUGAUGUUAAUGGUGAUGUUGGUAACGAUGGUGUUGACAACAACAAUGAUGACGGCAAUGAUUUAAUGUCUAUAGAUACAAAUGGUCCUGAUACACUAUUGGGGUAUAAAUUAUCAGGACAUUUUAAAGAAUUUGGUAUAACCAAAAACGAAUUUGAUUUAAUGAAUGAAAAAUCUGAAACAAACAAUGAAUCUUCUACAAAUAACUUGGCACCCACUACUACAUCCGUUGUUAAAGAAUCAUCGCUAUCAUCCUCGUCUUCAUCAACUUCAACUGCAGCUGCCAUAGAAAAACGAGUUAUAAGAAAAACCAUUCCAAGACGUUUCACACAGAUCAAUGGUCUAUUGACAAACAUAUGA